GGGGGAGGUGGCGGGGCGCGGGCCGAGCGGAGGGGAGCGGUGCGGAGCCGGUGGCGCCGCCCGGGCCCAUGGAGCUGGAGAACAUCGUCGCCAACACCGUCCUCCUCAAGGCCCGCGAAGGUGGUGGUGGAAACCGGAAGGGCAAGAGUAAGAAAUGGCGCCAGAUGUUGCAGUUCCCCCACAUCAGCCUCUGCGAGGACCUUCGACAAACCCUCGAGCGGGACUACCACAGCCUGUGUGAGAAGCAGCCCAUCGGGCACAUGCUCUUUCGUCAGUUCUGCGAGACACGACCUGAGCUGUCACGCUGUGUGAAGUUCCUGGAUGCUGUGGCAGGGUACGAAGUGGCUCCAGAUGAGAAGCGAAAGGAAUGCGGGCAGCACCUGAUUGAAAAGUACUUGAAGCCAAACAGUGAGGACCAUGUGCCUGAAGUCCCCUCGCAGCUGGUGGAUGCCUGUUGCGAGAGGCUGGAGCAGGAACCUUCCAAGGAGCUCUUCAAGGAAUCCACUAAGCUUAUCCACGACUACCUGAGUGUGGCUCCCUUUGCCGACUACCUCGACAGCUUGUACUUCAACCGCUUCCUGCAGUGGAAAUGGCUGGAACGGCAGCCAGUGACCAAAAACACUUUCCGUCAGUACCGUGUGCUGGGCAAGGGCGGUUUUGGGGAGGUUUGUGCCUGCCAAGUGCGUGCCACGGGGAAGAUGUAUGCCUGCAAGAAGCUGGAGAAGAAACGGAUCAAAAAACGGAAGGGAGAGGCCAUGGCCCUGAAUGAGAAACAGAUCCUGGAAAAAGUGAACAGUAGGUUUGUAGUGAGCUUAGCCUAUGCAUAUGAAACUAAAGAUGCUCUCUGCCUAGUGCUGACCCUCAUGAAUGGAGGGGACCUCAAGUUCCAUAUCUACCACAUGGGAGAGGCUGGCUUUGAGGAGCCCCGGGCAGCUUUCUAUGCUGCUGAGAUCUGCUGUGGCCUUGAGGAUUUGCACCAGGAGAGGAUAGUGUACAGGGACCUGAAGCCAGAGAACAUAUUGCUGGAUGACCACGGUCACAUCCGUAUCUCAGACCUGGGGCUAGCUGUGCAUGUUCCGGAGGGCCAAACAAUCAAGGGCCGGGUGGGGACAGUUGGCUACAUGGCUCCGGAGGUGGUGAAGAACGAGCGCUACACAUUCAGCCCAGACUGGUGGGCUUUGGGCUGCCUGGUGUACGAGAUGAUCGAGGGACAGUCCCCCUUCCAACAGCGCAAGAAGAAGAUCAAGCGGGAGGAGGUGGAGCGGUUGGUGAAGGAAGUGCAGGAGGAGUACUCGGAGAAGUUCUCGCCCUGCGCCCGCUCCCUCUGCACCAUGCUCCUGUGCAAAGACCCUCUGGAGCGCCUGGGGUGCCGAGGAGCCGGGGCCAAGGAAGUGAAGGAGCACCCUCUCUUCAAGCACCUCAACUUCAGGCGGCUGGAAGCUGGCAUGCUGGACCCGCCCUUCAAACCAGAUCCCCAGGCCAUCUACUGCAAGGAUGUUCUGGACAUCGAGCAGUUCUCCACAGUGAAAGGGGUGGAGCUGGAGCCCACAGACAAUGACUUCUACCAGAAGUUUGCUACGGGAAGUGUGCCCAUUCCUUGGCAGAAUGAGAUGAUCGAGACGGAGUGUUUUAAGGAGCUGAAUGUCUUUAGCACAGAUGGCAUGGUGCCCCCAGACCUCGACUGGAAAGGGCAGCCUUCUCCACAGCCCAAAAAAGGGUUACUCCAGCGCUUGUUCAGCAGACAGGACUGGCAAAGUCUGGGCUGCUGCCUCUCAACAGCUGCUUGCAGCUGUGGGACUCAAGCGUGGUUGGCUCUGGACCCGCUCUCAGCCACCCGGUGCUGACUCCUGCUUCCCUGAUGAGCUCCAAGUUGUGCUUCACUGUUCAGUGGACUGCCCUAGCCUGAGCCAGCUCUGGGCUGGGAUACCCAGCCCUUCCCAAGGCAGGCAGGACCUGCCAGAGGAUGGGCAGCUGCCUGUGGCAGAGGUUGAGCUGUGAUUUGCCGCAUGUUUUCUCUUUCCAGAGGUGAGCAGUCUCUCCUGGCUGCUCUGUUCAGGGAAAUACCUGGUGGCCCGCGGACAUGGGAAGAUCUGGGAAAGAGGAGUGUUGUCCUUCAGUGCCUAUCCCCUUCCCCCAGCAAAGCACAAGCUGCUUGUUGUUCUAACUGCCCCCUGAGCCACUAAUCCCGCUUCCCUGCUCUCGCUGCCUUUGUGGGGAGGCCUUGCCCUCAGCUUGAGCCAAAGCUGCCCCUGCACUGCCACUGCUGGGAGCUCAGCUCCCAGGGGGCUGUGGGAAGUUCCCUUCACUCCUCUUCUUGGAUGUCCAGGACACACAGAAGUGUUGAGAAACUGUGAAGGGUUUGGUAUCUCCCCAUGCUCAGACUCCCUCCCGUUCCAGCAAGAGGGCUUUCAGCUGCUUCUGUGGCUGGCUGAGCCCUGAGCAGGGCAGAUCGUCUGUGCUGGCACUGAGCUGUCUCUAUGGGUGGCUGUAGUCCACGGAGCCCAUCUUCUUCCCAGCUUCUGAGCUAGUCAGCUGUGUGCUCACCGGUCUGUCUGCCAUGAGCUGAACCCUCAGAUGCAGCUUGAUUGUUUCUCUGCAGACUGGGGGUCCCCUCCAGCCCCUUGCCUCCAUGUAGCUCUCCUAUGCACAGGCCUGGGGGGGGGGCCUGGCCCUUCCCUGCCAGAGGGCAGCUGUAGGCUGGGUUGUGUGACUGUGCUCACCCUCUGCUUGCUGUGCUCCUCUCUCUCCCUCUUCCCUCUCCUUGCCCUUUUGACUUCAGGACUGUUGUGGAAACUGCAGCGACAGCGAGGAAGAGCCCACCCGGCUGUAGAGCACAGCUUGUUCUCCAGCCCCUGGGACCCCCUUGCCUCUCCGGGUGCCCAGCAGAACAACAGCCCAGCCUGAAGGACAAAGGUAGCAGUGGCCCCGCUGGAUUUGUUUACAGCUUUACACGUCUGUAUUUGAAGACUGUGAGGAUGGCUCCGGGACUGGCAGCAGCACACGGCUCGGGCCGAGGACCUCUGGCCAGGGACAAGCCCUCGUCCCUGGGACAGACCUGGACGCUUCUGAAUCUGCUGCCUGGACUGUGCUGCUGCUGUCCACCAGCUGCCGCUGCCCUCCCAGGCCGAGGGUGGGAGGGAGGGAUUGCGCCGGCAUGGGCCGAGGCCAGGCCAGAGCAGCUCUGCUGACACAUUCCACAGUGCCGAAGCAGCACUGCAGGGUUGGUAUAUAUUUAUAUACGUCGGUCUGUACAUAUCAUGUUGGUUUUUAAUCUAUAGGUGGGGGCCUGCACUGCCCCCACCCUGUCACAGGCACAAAUGUCCUCCUAUGGGGGGAGUGACAGUCCCAGCUUUGUACCAGGGAGUCCUGGGCAGAGGCCUUCUGUGCCUUGAGGUGUCUAAAGCAUCUUUCCUGGACCUUUCUGGCCGUGCUGAGGCGUCCCUGGCUCCAGCGGAGUCCAUUGCUCAGCCCCGAGGCACAGGAAACUGCUGUGCCAAAGCGUCUACCAUUGCAUCCUGGCAGCAGAGCGUCACUGCCUCAUCCCCGCUUCCCCGUCUGCCGGAGCCCGCUUCCUCCUGCCUCGUCUCGCACAUGCUGUCAGCUCUGGGGAGCUGAUCCCAGCUCCCUCUCCAGACCACCGGCAGGCUGCCUGCAACACAGCGGGACACAGCCGCUCUCGUGGCAUCUGCUCAGGAGGUACCUGCUGCUGGUUCCAAAGGGUCGGUCUGAUCCCUGGCAUGGUGCAGGAUGACCCCAGUGCAGUCCCACCAGCUCCGACUAGCCAUCUCUGCGUGCUGGGGGUGCCAUGGUCCCCAGGCCCAGCUCGGUAUCGGAGGAGCAGACAUGUAAGGGACUCUGCUUUCAGGGAGCAAAGCUGUGGUAAAGGGAAUGUCCCUUCUCUGGGUCAUGCUGUGAGCUGUGACCCAGGACUGAGUGGGGCUGGGAGCAGCCCACCCGCCAUACCAGCUUAGUGGCACGUCCCCAGGGGUCCUGGGGAGCCAGCACAGCCCCUGUGCCUGAGGGCAGGGCAGGAGUGGAGGGGCCAGAGCCCUGCAUGUCCCUGGGGAACAGCGUGGGGCUCAGCCCAUCUCUCCAUUUUGCUUGUCCUGUCCCCUCUUGUGCACACUUCUCCCAGCUGUGUCCCAAGCAAUAACUUGUCUUUUGUGUGUGUAUGUAUGUGCACGCGUGCGUGCUGCUGCCUUGUGCUGGUUCUGAGCCAGGCCCCCCGGGGGGGCUGAGCACCUACUUGGACCUGUGGUAUCAUUUGCUUGCCUUGCACUAAAGUUGGAGAGUAUUUAAAUUUUUAACCUUUUGUUAAGCGUGA